GUGAGAGGUUCUGUUCGAAGAAAAUACUAAAAAGAAAAUAUGGAUGACAAGAUUGUGAAUCCCAACGAGAAUUUGAUCAUUCCCGAUUGGAUAAAUGAGAAGUACUUCGAGAAGGUGCUGGCCCAGGACGAACCGGAUCAUGUAAAGGUCCUUAAAUUCACACCAGUGGCUGCGAUUGCACCAGGCGAAAACUUCACCUCGACCAUGCUUAGGAUCUACAUCAAAUUGGAAAUGAAGGAUGGCUCUGUCAAAACCAAAACGUACGUCUUUAAGACAAUGCUUCCGCAAGAGCGUGGAGGCAGUGACAUCAACGAUUUCGGGCUUUUCCCCAAAGAGGCCAAGAUGUACGAGACAUAUCUUCCAGCCUUUGAAGCACUUUACAAGGAUAUCGGAUGGAAUAUACAGUUGGCGCCGAAAUGCCUCCACACCGAGGAGCGUGAUGGGGACAUCCACUUCAUCUUUGAGGAUCUGUGCGUGAAAAGAUUCCAAAACAUGGACCGGACCAAAGGCAUGGACAUGAAGCACAUGACGAAGUCGCUGCACAAACUGGCCGAGUAUCAUGCUGCCAGUGCAGUGUAUGAGGAACAGCAUGGUCCUUAUCCCAAGGAUUUCUUUGAGGGUUUCGUCACGCGUAAGCCAGAAGUUAAGAGAUUCCACAUAGAUUUAUUCCGUCUUAAGGCGACGUCCUUCAAGAAAGCCAUGCUUACAUGGGGUAUGAAGGACGCCGAGAAAUAUGUCAAAGCAUUUCCGACACAAGAACAAUAUUGGGCUCAGUGCUUAAGCACCUUAGACUUGGAUCCCAGUGAAUUCAAUGUUCUCAACCAUGGCGACUUCUGGUCGAGCAACAUGAUGAGCAGAUAUCUCCCUGAUGGCAGCCUGGACAAGCUCAUUCUCAUCGACUUCCAACUCACCACGUGGGGCAGUCCCGCUCUGGACCUGCUCUUCUUCCUCAUCCUGUCGCCCACUAAUGACUUACGCAUAAAGGAGUUCGACAACUUUGUCAGGAUCUAUUGGGAUCGCCUGAUCGAAUGCCUCAAAGUGUUGAAGUUCAAAAAACCUUUGCCCCAGCUCAGGGAUAUUCACAGAUCGAUGUACAAGAAGAACCAUUCAUUCUUCGCUUUCUUCAGCCUCAUGAAUCAUCUGCUCAUAAUUCUGUUUCCCACCGACAAGGACAGUAGUCUGCACAACGUGACCGCGGAAACCGAGGAGGGGGAAAACAUUCGACUAAGAAUGGUCAGCAACCCUGCAGUAGGAAGUGUCAUGAAGGAUCUCUAUCCCUUCAUUUACAAUCGCGGAAUUUUGAACUAUGAAGACUAUGAAGUGUGAUAUUUAUUUGUAUGAUACCUAGCAACAACUUGUAAAAACUGUUUACGAAAUCAUCACGAAUUUACGUUUCGAGACAAGUUGAUUAAACUUGAGAAGGUUAUAUUACCUUUAUAGGGGUAAUUCUUACCAAAUGUAGAGACUUGAAAUAGGCGUAAGAAAAG